AUGGAUCCGUUUUUGAGUCUGCUGCACUCUUUCUCCUCGAGCUUGUCGGACAACGAGCUUUCUUCCCUGAAGUUUCUCUGCCGGGGGAAAAUUGGGAAAAGGAAGCUUGAGUCUGUCCGAAGCGGCGGGGGCGGCGGGGAGCUCUUCAGCAUCCUUCUCGAGCAGCAGCUGAUUGCAAGCGACAAGGUAUCGUUUCUUGAAGACUUGCUCGAGAGCAUUAAAAGAGAAGAUUUGGUCUCACAGUUAAAGCAGUUCGUAGAGGAAGGGGAAGUUAAUGCUCCUGAUGAUCAACCAGAUGUGCAUGAAAAACGUCUGCUGAAGGCAGCUAUUGAAGUUAUAUGUGAAAAUGUCGGGAGGGAGUGGAAAAUGCUGAUGCGAAAACUUGGUAUUUCUGAAGUGCAAAUGGACAGAAUAGUGGCAGCCAAUCCAUUUAAUUUGCAGGAACAGGUGGUUCAGUCACUUCGAACGUGGCAGAAAUGGAAGGGAAAAGAUGCAAAGGUGACUGACUUAAUAAAAGCUCUUCGGGGCUGUAAUAUGAAUUUGGUGGCAGACAGAGUUGAACAGAAGCUGAACACUGGAACCACGUGA